AGGCAGUUGCGCGCACGUGCGCACGACGCCGCCGCCGUGAAGAAGAUGGUGGACGCGCUGCGUGCCGAUGAGGACGAAAUUGUUCGCGCCCACAACCCUUUCCUGGAGACGAACGAGGUGCGACUUGUGCCUCUUCGUUUGAUUGGUGUUGAUGAUGAUCACACGGUGAAACUGUUGAAGCGACGGCGUCAACGCUUUUUGGGCGUCUGUGAUCGAUUAUCUGUGUCCAAGGUGGAGGCUCGUUUAAUUGAGCGUGUGUGUGAUUUGGCCCGGAAAGUUUGUGUGGAGGAAGAUGAGUUACGAGCUGAAUUUGGUGGGGAGCGACCACGUAAACUAGCAAGUGAUGGUCUUCUGUAUGAUCUUAAUGUCCGAGAGGACGAGGUGGUGGCGGAGCUUGAUAGCAAGGUUGAGGCGCUUCUUGAGUCUGGUUCUUCUUUGCAGUCGGACGAGGUUUCUGAACUACGAAAAAAAACGCAGGUGAGAGUGUCAGAACUUCUGGAGGCGUAUCUUCGUGCGGAGUGUGAGAUUUCUGGCGAGGUCAGCGCUUUACGCUGUGAAUUUCCGAUGUGUGUGCGGGAUGUGAACCCCUCGCUGCGCACCGAUGAUCUUCUUAACGUGAUGCAGCGCGCACGGAAUGAGGCUCUCUCAGUGGACAAUAUAGAUAUGCAAACAGUCUGUUCCAUUGAGCAUGAACAGUUCUCCCGGUCCAUUUACCUUAUCGGUGAUGAUCGCUGUGUGCUGGCGGCACUGGAAACGUAUUGCAAGGCGGAACAGGAGGUGCGAAGGGCGCGUGCAGAGAAGCGGUCACCGCGGCGCGUGCAGCAGUUAUUACGAGACAAAGAUACGGCGCAUUAUAAGCAUCGGCUCUGGCGUGCGCGGCAGACCCGUCGCCACCUUCCUGUUAUGAUGCUUGUGGGCGUGAACGACGAGGAGGAUGAGGUGUCCGUCUCCGACGCGGAAAUGGCGCUCCCUGUAAGGACGGCCAGCGCCCUCGUCGCGGCGGAUCCCUACUAUCUGUACCUCCAGCGUUGCAAGGCGAAGGAGAUGCUGGAAGGGCCCUCUCCCGCCGUUCGUUGCCUCAAUGAGACAAUGCGGAUCCGGUUGAAGCAGCUUGUCGCCGAUGCGGCGCAGGCACAGCACGCUGAGGGGCGGUUUGAGUCAGCGAUGCAGAAAAGGUAUCCAUUCCUGCGCGCUCCAUUCGAGACAUUGGCGCGGUUGGGGAUACGAAUUGACCAGGACCCGGAGUUUCUGCGCAUGGACGCUGAGCGGCAGAAACUGCUGGCUCCGCCGAAGGAGCUGCUGGAACGCUUCCCAUUCCUUGCCGACACAAUUGGCGGCGUUCCCAUCACGCAGCUCGGCCUCGAGAACGACCCCAUCUUCAUGCAGUUAGCAGCGGAGCGAGAGGACCUUAUUCUCCCCCUAAAAAAGACGAUGCGGAUGGUGAAGCUGAAGGAAGAGGAGAUGCGCGAACGCUGCAACACCCUUAUAUCUGCAGUACUAAAUGAAGAGGCGGCGCUGCGGGAGCGGAUGCCGUACCUGGACUUCCAGGCGCUUCCUGUCGACGUGCCGCUGCGCGAGCUGCGGCUGGAGAGCGACGCCGGGUUCGCUGCGCUGCUGGCGAAGCACGCGGAGGUGUGCAAGCACCCCGAGCGUGUCGGCGGCGCGGAGGCGCGGCGGCUGGAGAAGGCGAUGCGGGACCUGGCGGGGAAGCUUGCUGAGGACGCCGCGGAGGCACAGCACCGCGCGCUGGUGGAGGCGGAGAACCUGCACGAGAAGUACCCCUACGUGCCGGAGGAGCCGGUACCUGGCGUUUCGCUGGUGGAGGCGGGCCUGCAGCAGGACCCGGCGUUCCGCGCACUGUCGAACGAGCUGGAUGACCUGCGCAGCGACCCGGUUGCGAAUGCGGAGCGAAUCGCGGCGGUGGAGCAGGCGGUGCGUGCGCGCGCAAUGGAGCUGGGUGCCGCGAAGCUGCACGCUGCAGAGGAGGAGUGCUGCAAGUACCCCUUCCUCGCGAAGCGCGUGGACGGCGUUCUGGUGGGCGACCUGCGCCUUGCGGACGACGCUGUGUUCCAGGAGCUCGUGGAGAAGCGCGACGCGUUGGCGGCGGAGCCGAGCUUGAACCGCGAGGCACUGGUAGAUGUGGAGAGGCAGUUGCGCGCACGUGCGCACGACGCCGCCGCCGUGAAGAAGAUGGUGGAUGUGCUUCGUGCCGAUGAGGACGAGGAUGUGCGUGCCCACAACCCUUUCCUGGAGACGAACGAGGUGCGGCUGGUUCCGCUGCGCGAGCUCGGCCUCCCGAUGGACGCCACGUACGCGGCGCUUGCGGACGAGCGCCUGCUGCUGAAGCAGGAUGCUGCGACGAACGCGGCUGCUAUCAAGGCAACGGAGAGCGCGUUGUGCGGCCGUGCGGAGGAACUGGCGCUGGCGCGUUUGGUUGCAGAGGAGGCGCUGCUGGCCAAGUACCCGUUCCUCGCUGCGCUGCCCGGUGUGGAGCUGCUGGCGGGAGACGACUUGGAGCACGACCCGCUCUUCGCACGCUAUGACGAACUCGCGGCGGACCCGACGGCGGAUGCGGCUGCGGUGGAGGACGCGAAGAUGGCGCUGCUGGAUGAAGCCAAGACACUGUUGGCCGCGGACGCCGAGGCGGAGCGUGCGGCAGCAGCGGCACACAAGCGUUUUCGGCGGGCGGCAGGACCCUCUAACCGGUUGCAGGGCGUCCAGGUGGCAGAUGUCCCUGAGGAGGCGGUGGGGGAGAUCACCGACGCGGACACGCAGCCGCCUCCGCACCCGCGGCGGGUGUCAGUGGUGGCUGAAAAGGACCCGUACUACCAGGAGCUGUGUGCCCUGCGCGACGCGCUGCUGGCGGAGGGAGAGGAGAUGAACGCCCCUGCUGUGCGGUGCGUGGAGGAGCAGAUGAAGGACCGACUGCAGCAGCUGCGCACCGACGAGCAAAAGGCGGCAAGGGCCGCGCGACGUGCGGAGCAGCGGCUGCUGGAGGAGUACCCGUGCCUUGGUGACGUGGCUGUGGCCGGUCUCCCACUGACCGCACUUGGACUGACGGAGGACGAGGAGUUUGUGGCGCUUGCGGAAGGUCGUCUGGCGCUCGCGCAGGAUCCGGCGGCGAACGCGGAGUCCCUUGCGGCGACGGAGCAGUCGAUGAGGGCGCGCGCCGAGCAGAUCGCUGCUGCGGUGGCGAAGCAGGAGGCGGCGCUGCGGGAGCGGAUGCCGUACCUGGACUUCCAGGCGCUUCCUGCCGACGUGCCGCUGCGCGAGCUGCGGCUGGAG